AUGGAUUGGGUGAGGGGCGCUGCCAUCGGACAAGGAAGCUCCGCUGCAGUCUACGUUGCAUUCCACCGUAGCUUCCCCUCCGCCGCAUUCGCCGUCAAAUCCACUAGUCUCACUUCUUCCACGCUUCUCCAACGUGAAGAGGUUGUACUCAAAGACCUGAAGGGAUGUCCUCAAAUUAUCCGCUGCUUUGGACAUGACAUCACCACCGACAUCUCCGGCGAACUAAUGUACAACCUUUUCCUUGAAUACGCCGUCGGAGGCUGCAUUUUCGGUGCCCUACCAUACCGGAACCAACCAUCCGCCGCUAUGUUCGUUCCAUCCUCUUGGAUCGCCGAUUUCGGUCUUGCGACGAGGACGGGAGAUGAAUCCACCAAGGGAUACAUAAAGGGAACGCCGUUGUACGUGGCUCCUGAAUCUGCUUCAAGGAAUGAGUACAACACGGCAGUGGACAUUUGGGCUUUAGGAUGCUCGGUGUCCGAAAUGGCUUCCGGCAGGCUACCUUGGCGUGACGUCGAGGAUUCUGAUUAUGGAAUUUGGCCUCUGUUGUUUCGAAUCGGGUGCAGCGAUGAGUUGCCGGAGAUCCCUCAAGAGAUGUCGGAGGAGGGUAAAGAUUUCCUUCGUUGUUGCUUCCAAAAAGAUCCCAACAAACGCUGGACUGCAGAAAUGUUAUUAACGCACCCAUUCGCCACUACCUCCUCUUCAGAAUUUGAAUCAAAAGCGGAAGCCAUGUCUUGCUCUGUUUUGCACCCAAAGCCAAAAAGUCAAUUUGGUUACUCAUUGGCCAAUUCAGUAAUUCCACUUACUCCUCCGAGAACUUUGAAACAACUGGAUUCAUUUUCGAUUUUAGAUGCGGUGAGAGAGAUGAUGAGAGGAUUGGCCACUGAAAAGAGGCCGGAUUGGGCGAAUACUUUGCCAGAGGAGGAGGAGGAAGGAUGGCUUACUGUGAGGGAGAAGGGCUCGAGUGGUAGAAUUCAUGAAGAGAUUGUUUUGCCCAAAGAGUCUGUUUUUUUUGUUUGA